UUUCUUUUUAGCACCUUAUCUCCUUCCUUCAACAAUGGCUUUCACCACCAAAAUCCAACCUCUUUACUCUGUGCUCACCUUCCUCCUCCUCCUCCACAUUCUUAUUCGUCUUCCUUCUAAAUCCACUGCUAAUACUGGUCUCACAGCUAAUCUCAUGCCUCGUGAUUGCCCUUCAUCUCCAUUCUAUAAUCCCUCAAAGACCCAUUUCAAUCGCUUGCAUGAUGCAUUCGAACGCUCAUUUAAGCGUAUCCACCACUUCAAAUCAAUACUUUCAACAGCAGAAAGCAAAAUCCAGACACAGAUAUUGCCAGGUGGUGGAGAAUUCAUCAUGAAUAUUUCAAUAGGAACACCACCUUUUGAGGUUCUAGGAAUAGCAGACACAGGCAGUGAUCUGUCAUGGACACAGUGCUUGCCAUGCACAGAAUGUUUCAAACAAAACAUUCCUCUCUUUGAUCCUCGUAAAUCAUCCACUUACAAGAAACUAACAUGCCGAUCUAGUUCCUGUCAAGCACUAGAUAGACCCCCGCAAUGUGUCGGAGAACAGAACAUCUGUGUGUAUACUUAUUCUUAUGGAGAUGGGUCCCACACUACCGGAGAUCUAUCCUCGGAGACAUUCACCCUUGGCAUCGAAAACAAGGUUCCGCUUAGGAACAUCGUGUUCGGGUGUGGCCAUGUCAAUGCUGGGACGUUUGAUGCGUCUCAGUCUGGUCUUAUAGGUCUAGGAGGUGGAAGACUCUCAUUCGUUUCUCAGUUAGAUGAGUCUGUUGGCAAGAAAUUCUCAUACUGCUUAGUUCCUUCGACAUCCUCGACCGCCUCGAACAAUGUAUCCGGCAAAAUAAGCUUCGGGGACGAUGCUUUGGUGUCUGGUUCUGGUGCAGUCACGACUCCUUUAGUAACAAGAGACCCUAGCACUUUCUACUACCUGACAUUGGAAGCCAUUAGUGUAGGGAACAAGAGAAUUCCAUACAAAGGUUCAACAACUCUAGUUCCUGCAAAUGAGAUUAUCAUCGAUUCAGGAACAACCUUAACGUUUCUGCCUAUUGAGUUUUAUGACGAUGUAGAGAAGGCUGUGGUGAAAGCGGUGAAUGAGACAUUGGCGAAAGAUCCAAACAACGUUUUUGGUCUUUGUUAUAAUGCAUCCAGUGGGGACAGUCUUAGGUUGCCUGUUCUGACGGCACAUUUCAAUGGGGGGGAUGUGAAGUUGCAGCCUUUGAAUACUUUUGUUCAGGUCGAUGAAGGUUUGAUAUGUUUUUCGAUGGUUGGAACCCCAGAUGCUGCUAUAUACGGAAACUUGGCUCAGAUGAAUUUCUUGGUAGGCUAUGACCUUGGGGCCAGGACGGUGUCGUUUUCACCUACGGAUUGCACACAACAGUAAUUGUUGAACUGAUUUGUUUGUGUGGAUGAUUAAUUAUCACUUUGCUAAAUAAAAGGUCGUUCGUUUAUGUGUUUAAUUUCUUUUUUCUUUUUUGGAAUUAUGUGUUCUCUUUGCUUAUCUCUCUUUUCGACUUCAUUGCACCUUUCCUUUUUUUGUCGGAAUAAAAAAUCGUUUUGUCUUA